AGUUUCUUAUAACUCAUAAAAUCCGUGGCCAUUUUAAUUUUUUUGGGCGCCCUCUACUUUUUGUCGCUAGGAGCUUCCCGUUUUACAGUUGGCAGCAGCAACACUGCGUAAAAUUUCCAAUGUCAGAUGUGAUGCGAAAGCAAGUGCGGCAAAUAAAUAACCACAAUUUAAAAUUAAAAUUCUUCGACUAUUGUAAUACCAACGAAUAAUUUUGCAUAUAAUGUUAAAACUGUGAGGAUAUUACGAAAGUCAUGUCUGAUACAAGAGAAAAAUAUGGCCCACUAAUCGGAUCAAUAGAUGAAGGAACUUCAAGCACAAGGUUUUUGGUCUUUGCUUCCAAAACAGCAGAGGUAUUGACCUAUCACCAGGUUAAAAUCCCACACAUUACUCCAAAGGAGGGAUGGUUUGAGCAAGAUCCUAUGCAGAUUUUGAAUUCUGUGAUAGAGACCAUCAAUGUAACUUGUGAUAACUUAAAGAAACUUAAUAUUAAUUAUGAGGAUAUAGUGGCUACGGGUAUUACCAACCAAAGAGAGACCACAAUUCUUUGGGACCGCACAACUGGCAAACCAUUAUAUAACGCUUUAGUAUGGAUGGAUAUGCGAACUUCAAGCACAGUAGACAGUAUUUUGUUAAAUGGAAAGAGAAAUAAGAAUUUUUUACAAAGUAUGUGUGGUCUCCCUAUCAGCACAUACUUUAGUGCUUUAAAAAUCAAGUGGUUGAUGGAUAACGUUGAUGGGGUUAAGAAAGCAAUGGAGGAGAAAAGAUGUCUUUUUGGAACGGUUGACACUUGGUUGAUUUGGAAUCUAACAGGUGGUGUAAAAGGUGGCCUACAUAUAACUGAUGUUACCAAUGCUUCAAGAACAAUGUUGAUGAAUAUAGAAACACUUAAAUGGGAUUCUUAUUUAUGUAAAGUUUUUGACAUUCCGAUGCACAUUUUGCCUGAAAUUCGAAGUUCUUCUGAGAUAUAUGGCUACAUAACUGAUGUUACAGUGUUGGCUGGAAUUCCAAUUUCGGGGGUGUUGGGUGAUCAACAGGCGGCUUUAGUUGGCCAAAUGUGUUUUCACCAAGGUCAAGCCAAAAAUACAUAUGGCACUGGCUGUUUUCUCUUGUAUAAUACCGGAACUACGAUGGUUCAGUCAAACCAUGGUCUUUUAACAACAGUUGGUUAUAAAUUAGGCCCUGAUAAACCAACUGUUUAUGCCUUGGAAGGAUCAAUUGCUAUUGCAGGCAUUUCGAUAAAAUGGCUUCAGGACAAUUUAAUGAUUUUGAAAGACUCGAAAGACUCUGGAGACAUUGCCGCAUCUGCUGACGAAGUGGGUGAAGUUUAUUUUGUGCCAGCGUUCUCUGGUCUUUAUGCACCUUAUUGGCGUAAAGAUGCUAGAAGUGUUAUAUGUGGUCUGACUGAGGAAACAAAGCCAGAACAUUUAGUCAAAGCUGCUUUAGAAGCAGUCUGUUACCAAGUAAGGGAUAUUUUAGAAGCAAUGGCGUUAGACUGUGGUUACUCUUUAUCUAAACUUCUAGUAGACGGUGGUAUGACAGCUAAUGAUUUUUUAAUGCAAAUGCAAGCUGAUUAUUGUGGAAUUCCUGUGGUGCGGCCUACUAUGGCUGAAACUACUUGUUUAGGGGCAGCUAUCGCAGCUGGAAAUGCAAAAGGGGUUGAAGUGUGGGAUUUGGAUAAUAUACAACCUGUGCCAAGCGAUACAUUCUUACCGUCAAUUUCUGACAAUCAACGGGAUAUAAAAUAUGCACGGUGGAAAAUGGCAAUUAAUCGAAGUUUAGGGUGGGCACAGGAUGAGGAAGAAGACAAUAGUUUUGAAGAAUUAUCAGAUGUUGAUGCCUCUAUUACAGAUGACAAUAUGCUAACAACACUGCCAGGAGGACUUUACGUACUUGGAACUAUGGUUAUGCUACUUGUGGCUGAAAUUCUGGAAAAGAAAUAGAAAGUUAAAUUUUCUUUGUUUUUAAAGUACAAAGAACUGAAACAAGUCAAACUAAUAAGAAGAAUUUAAGUGUGAUUUGUGAUUUUUGUUACGGUUGUGCUUUGAGUGAACUAUUUGCAUUUAAAAUCACCUUACUUUGCUGUGAUUUUUUUGUUGUGGUUUUUAUAGUAUUGUUUAUGGCUUAUGGUAACAAAAGUAUUGUGAUUUUUAUGCGAUUGGUAAUACAUACUUUGGAGCAAUAA